AUGGAAAUGGAUCCACCAGCACUGGAUGACGUUGUGGACUUGACAAUGGAGCCAGGUUUGGGUCAGCAGCUUCAACAAAAGCAGCAGCCUCCGCAAAACAGCUCACUCCCGCAAAAACAACAUCAUGCUACAGUACAGCAGAUACAAUCUCUUAACAACACACCUGGAGAUACAAAUAAAUUUACAACUACAAGUGUAAGGGGCAACAAAAUAAAACUGGACUGCGCUGAUAUGGGAACUUACCAUAGAGUUCUGGCCAAACUGGAUGUAGACAAGAGGCAGAUGCACACUCACCAGCUGCGCAGGGAGCGUGGCUACCGCAUCAUUCUGAGAAAUCUACAUCACUCUACUCCUUGCGAAUGGAUUCGCAAACAUAUUGGACAUGUUGCCAGCUACAGGGGCUGCGAGGAGUUCAAGCGAGCCCAGGCAAAACUCCAAUCCUACCGAGCGCAUAUUGCAAUUGGAAGUCAAAAGCGGACAAAUUGGCAGCAUCAGACGAGCAACAACUCAGGUCGAUGGAACGCAACUAACAACAGCUUCAGAUGGCAGCAACAACACCAUAACCUGCCAAAAUCACAGAAAAGUCCGCCGCAGGAGGCCAAAAACAACUCACAACCGGCGACAAGCAGACAAAACACUAACAGGGUCGCAAACGGCCAACUCUUCAGUAAUCCUUUUAGAAGCAACGCAAAGCAGCCGCAUGGCCAACAUGGCGUUUCUUUCCAGGGGCAGCAAGAACAGCAGCAGCAUCGAGGAUCACAGAAGACAACGCCCACAAGCCCGCAGCGGCAACACAACAACUCCCAACAGCCAACCACCAGCCGGAACGCUAAAUCUACUAAUACGGCGCCGAACCGCCAACACUUGAGCAAACACAUGCAGCAAUCUGACGUAAAACAGGGAAACAGCGACAACAUCAGCAGGCCACCUCUCACCCCCCGUGGACACCAACAACAACAACAUCGAGAGCCACAGACGCCCAAGCAGCAACACCACCAGCAGCUUGGGGCCUCAAAUGGGAUUGACCAACUGAUGCAAGUAGUAAGCCAAAAUUUACUGGUUUUUGGGUUUAGGAGACAUCAUAGCACUGAGCAGCAGCUGGCACGCGUCACGCAAUACAUUCUGGACUCCUAUGAAAAACGAUUAUUCUGUUCUGCUGUUUUCAUAGACGUAAGUGAAGCCUUCGACAGAGUCUGGCACAGUGGCCUUCUGCUCAAGCUAGCCAAGCUGCUGCCUUUUGCGUACUAUCAGGUUUUGGAAAGCUAUCUCACUGAUAGAUCAUUUGUUGUAAAUGGCCAAAACGGAGUACGGUCUAGAUCCGGAAGAAUCUGCGCUGGAGUUCCACAGGGGAGUGUCCUUGGCCCCGUGCUAUACACUGUCUUUACGUCAGACAUGCCACUGCCGCACCUAGCAGGACAAAAUGAUGGAAGAGAGUCAGAUUUCUUUAAGGACAUGCUGUUAUCAACAUACGCUGACGAUACCAUCAUCCUGUGUGCCAGAAGCUUGGCCAAUACAGCAGUCCGUACGAACGAGAUCUAUCUCAAAAGUUUCACCUCCUGGGCCUCUAAAUGGGGCAUCAACCUAAAUAAAGACAAAACGAUACAUUCACCGCUACUUAGGCCUGAUAAUGGACAGGAAGCUGGUCCUGCAUGCACAUGUAUCCUGCCUGGUGAAUAG